AUGGAAAACAUCGACGCGGUGGAGGUGGUGGAGACGCUGGCGCGCGCGUGCGCGGCGAGAGGUUUGGACGUCGUCGCGGCGUGCUCGGCGGCGGAUUACGACGCGGCGGCGCCGGAGACGGCGAGGAUCGGCGCGAGGGAAGACGGACGCGCGACGUCGCCGUUGGUCGCGUUGAUUGGAAAUUCGAAAGCGCUGUGGCCGGCGUUCGCGGACGCGUUGGCGAGGGAUGGGACGAUGACGCUGGAUGAAUAUUGCGAACGCGUCGUUCGCGACGCCGCGGCGGACGCGAUUGAGGUGGCGCGCGGAUUUAAGCGACGUUCGGGGGAGGAUUCGUCGAGUAGAGUGCGAAUUUUUUGGGCGUCGGACGUCGAGGAAGGAAAGGUGAUCGCCAUUCAACGCUUGGCGCACGUCGCAAACUGCGCGUGGUUGGAUGAGAACACGCAUCAGUCGAUUCAUCCGCUGCACGGGCCGUGGUGCGCGUUUCGAGCGGCGGUGGUCUUUGACGACGUCGAAGAGCCGGACGAAGAGGACUUGCAGCCGAAGAUAGAGAAGUGUCCGGUGAGCGAUGAGACACUGGCGAACGCAAAGGCGGCGUUCGACGUCGCCGUUGAGCGAUUCAACGCGACCGACGGGAAAGAUCCCGAGCAGUGGCGGUUGUGGCUCGCCGCGCGAGACGCGAUGGGUGGUGGUGCGUUUGCGAAAGAGCGAUAUUACGAGGAUCAAAUCCUUUGGCAUUAUGACGUCGAUCGAGAGGGGGUGCGUAAAAGGCUGGCACGCGGCGUGAAAACGGUGUAG